GGAGUGUUACUUUGCUCUCGUUGCUGUCUUUUUUAAGGUGUUGCAUAGGAUGAAUCCUCAUGGAGCUAGUAGAAGAAUAUUAACACUAAUUAUUUGGAACCAACAAAUGCAGGGGUUUGGUCUUUUGACAAUUUCAACACCACCAGUCCUUGCUGUAGUAACAGGCAGCUGCAGCUCAUUUGUGCCCCACUGCAUUGGCCCAGUCCAUAAAACUCUCUUUUACACAGCAUUGCUUCUAUUAGCUAUUGGAGAAUCGACUCACUUGUCCUCCUGGCCUCAGUUCGGCAAGGACCAGUUCGAAACAGAAAAGGUUUACCAGUUCGCAACAGAAAAGGAUUACAAACGUUCAUGUCAGCUUUUCUCAUUGGCGACACUAAUGUUGGUCGUCCCUGUUUGUGCCGUUAUAGCAGUUGGUUUAUCAAAUUCUUGGUCGAUUAAGUUUGGGAUAGGAGCAAUAUCUGCAGUGGUAUCUACACUUAUCUUCUUAAGUGGUUUAUAUUCAUAUAAACGCCCCAGUGGAGACUCUAGCCAUCUUACCUGGAGUUUAUUCUAUCAUACUCGGCAGCGGUAUUUCAGCAGUUAUGUUUUUCAUAGUCUCAUGUAUGGCUGUUGUCCCAUCAGGUGUUAUUGCUUCCAUUGGAAAUACUUUCUUCAUGGAACAAGCAACCGACAUGAACCAUUACAUUGGGAGGCUCAGAGUUCCUACUAUUAUCCUUCCUGCGUCACAGCUGUUGGUGAAAUUAUUUGUAAAGCUACGAAAACAAGAUUCUAAAGUUUUCUUUGCCUUCCAUGGGAUUAUAGUGUCAUGCGUGAUUUCAGUUGUAUGUUGUAUAACAGCUGCAAAAGUGGAGACCCGAAGGUUAGACGCGGUGAAGAGCCACGGUUUCAUUGACAAACCUGAGGAAACAAUUCCGAUGACCAUGUUCUGGCUGCUUCCACAGUUUCUUCUUCUCGGUUUAGCUCAAGAGAUUGGCAAACAAAGCAUUGCGAAUCUAUAUUAUGCUCCGCUGUGGUGGUCUUUUAGGAGCCGAUCAUUCUGUGAAUACAUGCAAACCUUGGCUGACGCUGUCAGUGGAGUCGGAUAUAUAGGCGGGAUGUUGUCAGUUUAUGCAGUUCGUAAGAUGAAACCCAGUUGGUUCCAGUACACGCUUAACCGGAGUCGUUUGGAUAAUUACUACUGGACCUUGGCCGCAUUGUCUGCAGCUAAUCUGGCAUCGUUCUUUUUAGUCCUUCUUUCGAUUCUUCUGAGGCGGCGUUUUUGAUUUUCCUGAAGUUUGACAUGCUUAUAAGUCCCACCUCUCUUCUUAGAAUGAAUUUCCGUGUUCUUAGUAUAACAUAAAAGCUAAAUAAGACAUUUCUCUUCAAUCCCCUGCACCUCGAAUUCAGACUCUCUAUUUCUUGUCAGCGGCCCGUAACAUUUUUCGGGACCAGGAUUGAACCAAGCAAAUUUCCCAACUAAGUCGCUGUCAUAUUUUACAAAUUUGGAUUGGCUCUUGUAAUAAUUUUGAUCGUUGCUAAGCAAGCGUUUUUAAUUUCCAUUUUCCGAAACAUAGUGAGGCACACAUGGUCUCUCACAAGUCACAAAACGCCCUACCUAAAGCUUCAUCAUUCCUGUUCCUAAUGUAGCGCAAAACAUGUACUUACUCAUAGAGGGAUGCAGCUAAUUGUUGAAAAUACUGGCAUCGCUGGCAUCACCACUUCCGUCGAUGGCACCACCGGAAAGGUGCUCUAAACAGCUAGAAGCCUAGAACACACACAUGGGGAUGGUCUCGAGCAUCUUUUCAAAAAAAUCUUGUUUCCUAACCGCAUCUAGCCUCCGAGUAUCCACUUGUGAAGCAACAAUUCUACCUUGUACAGAAAGUACAGUCCAUGCUGCCUACUGUGUGGGGUUCUUGAUUUUGAUUUGAAGAUGUAUAUUUCUGAUCUUGAUCCCGGUUUUGACAUGUUCAAGAAACAAUGUUUCUGGCAAA